AUGACCGAGGUGCAAAGUGAGGCGGGGAGUGAGGCGAACCUGGACAGGAGUCUCCUUCCCAAACCCCUGGCAACCAUGGCGAUCAUGGCACCUGUCCCUUACCGACCUCCACCGACGCCUCUGAUUCAACAACGACCGCUGAUUGCUCCUUCAUUUACGCCUGUUCAGCCGACGUCGUUCAUUCCUUGGAAGCUCUUUCUUCAGCUUCUUGCCGGGACCGUCUGCAUUUUUAUCCUUACUGUCCUCAUCUGGAAAUUCCCUCGACUUCUUCGCUCCUUCACCAAGGGUAGGAUUCUCAGAGAGGGCAACACAACUUCGUCUCGUUACGCAAAGACCUGGUACGGCUGGGUGUCGUUGCAGCGGCACGAGGCCAGAAAGAGGGUCGUACGGGACUGCAUGGCAAAUAUACACAGUUGGAAUCCGUGGAGGUCGUCGAGGGCGGAUUUUGAAUGGAUUUGGCGGUAUUCAGACCAGAAGGAACUCGCCACAUACAAGGAGAGCGGAAAACAUCAGUUGUCAUGGCCUGUGUUUCAUGGCCACGAAACAAUCGGUAGCAUCUGGAGUCAUUGUAGUCCAUCUAUCGCCGAGCCCUUGACAAUCGGAGGCCUGGAAACAGCUUCACAUCCCAUUGCAACUGGUGCACUUCCAACUCCGCACACCCCUCGACCGAUGGCUACACCUGUUCGAGCUACGAGGACAGACAUACCUAUAUGCGAAGGAUAUGGGAAUAAUAGUCUUCCGAGACAUUCGACAGUUCGUCAGUUGCAGCGCGAUAGAAUUGGCAGAGGUUUCCGUUCGGAUACAAGCACACAUGAGCUAUCUUAUAUCGGCAAGUCCUUCACAUCUCUGUCAAAAAUUCCCUUCUCCCGAAUCUCCAGGCGCGUUCCGCUGUGGUAUCUAAACCAUACCCAACCAUCCCCACACAGCUUUUCUAUGCCCUGCCUUCCACAAGCGAAACAAUCUCCGCCUUAUCGAUAUGCACGCUCAACCGUAACAACAAGAUCUGGAAGAACUGGCAGUGAAGAUAUGCCCUCAGAUAUUUAUUUGACUUUCCAUCGCUCGAGGAAGUACCAGGUUUGGUCUGCUCGCAUGGGAUUGCAGACCCUCAAAUGUCUGGGGUACAGCACUCAUACUCUGCCAAGGGGCCCACCAGGGAGCCCUAAGUCUGCGGUCCUUGGGAGCCUCUCUCUGGACGCCGCUGCCUCUGAGAUUGUGCACCAGCAUCGGCAGGGUCCGAAAUGGACAUCUUCUUCAGACAUUAGCGAUUUAUUUCUCUACGGCAGCGAUCAACAGCACAAUACUAGACUCCCCGUUUCAUUGCCCGAACACAAAACCGAAGGCAAUGUGCAGAAGGAGUGGCCCUCUUUACCCCUGCAACGCAGCCCCUUGGCCCCUUUACAUCGACCAACGCUCAUAACCUGGUAUGAGAACUCACUGCCAGACCUACAGACUUCAAUCACAAAGGUCGAAAUCGAGAAGAAACAGUCGAGCAAUCGGCGGCGAAAGCUGUCAAACCCAGGGAAAAUACCUCAUCGCGUAACACAGCCGAAAAACUGGAGCAAUUGGGAGGUACGGUUGAUUGAGAACUUGGAUCGUAGACUCGGCUGGAUCGAAAGCCAGUUGACUCCCGGACAACGGCCCUUUCACUUUGCCCUGCUUGCAAAUCAUUGGUUAAACCGGGAUACUUGGAUUGUUUUCGAUCCAGUCUCCCGCGUGGACACUGAUAAACGACGACUUUGGGGAGAUCCACGAUUCAACGUUCCGUAUCCCAAGCCAUCAUCAGUUCCCACCCCAAAGUAUCCCAAAUCAGCUCGUCAACCGGCACAUACACCCAAGAUCAAUUCGUGGAGGGUUGCAGUGAACCAGCAGAGAAAGGCAUCCGGGCAGAAAGUGUUCUUACAUUCUAUCGAACACUAUGAUAGCUCAGUAGAGGAUCCGCCAGACGGUCAUAUCGACCCAGCGAGUUGGGUUCUCCGAAGGCCGCCGCAGGGCUUCGGUCUCUCGUCUCGACAGGGAGAAAGAUAUUAUGAAGGCGGCGCCGGAUGGCAGGAGAAGCUGAGCGACUGGCAAAAAAUCAGACGCGGAUAUCGGAUCCGCAAGGCAAUAUUUGAAGGUCGAGUGAACAGAAGAAGGGCGAAGGAACUCGUGUAUGGCAUCGCUCGAUACUACCAAUAUGCUACAAAACUCCUCCAGCCCGACAAUGGUCAUUGCCAAGUAGGAUCUUGGGAGCUUUCGAUAGACGAGCUGUCGUGA